AUGCUCAAAGUCAGGUUCAACCUCCUUAGCACACCCAAACAUGUAAUUGGGGAGAUCACCGUCUUAAGACAAAUUAUACCUUUCGCACGUACGCUUUCAGCGAGCUUCAUGCCAAAUUCCAUGAGAACCCCGAUCUCCAACGACUCCUUUGUGUGUUCCUACAUAUCACUGGUAGCAAGGAGGAAUGAUGACAAAAACUACAAGGUCAAAGGGGGGAGGGGGGGGGGAGGAAGUAGAGACGGUAGUUGGCGGCAAGGAGCUGCUCUGGUAGCCCCUUCGUUGAUUCUUUCUUCUUUUUCUGACAACAUAUCUCAAAGAUGGAGACAAAGAGAGACAUAUCGGAGAAACACAACAGGUAAAGGGUGUUUGGCUGUUGCUGUUCGACCGGAAGGAAGAGAGACGAAAAAGAGAAGGGUCGUCGCCCUUUUCUUGUUGCUGGAGAAUCACCCACCUCCGGUGACUAAGCUAAUUAAUUGCUAUUUAGUGACACUUGUGCUUUCACAUAAGCAAAACAUGUAG